AGCAAACCCAUCAACCUAGCAGCACGCCAUUAUUAGAGAGUAAUUCGACAGCGAUUCCAUUCCCGUCCGUCACAACUCACACGAGAUCGGUCGAGCAAAAGGAGCGAGCAUGGCGCAGCUGAUCGACAAGGCCAAGGGGUUCGUGGCGGAGACGGUAUCGGGGGUGCAGAAGCCGGAGGCGGACCUGUCGGACAUGUCGGUGCAGCACGUCGGGCGCGACGGCGCCACCCUGUCCGGCCGCCUCGACGUGCGCAACCCCUACUCACACACCAUCCCCAUCUGCGAGAUCAGCUACUCCCUCAAGAGCGCCGGCCGCGAAGUCGCCUCCGGGACGAUGCCGGACCCGGGGUCGCUGGUGGCCAGCGACACCACCAGCCUCCACAUACCCGUGAAGGUGCCCUACGACUUCCUUGUGAGCCUGAUGAAGGACGCCGGGAAGGACUGGGACCUCGACUACGAGAUGCGCGUAGGCCUCACCAUCGACCUCCCCAUCGUCGGCAACUUCACGCUGCCGCUCACCAAGGCCGGCGAGCUCAAGCUCCCCACGCUCUCCGACCUCUUCUAAACUUACCGCCGCACCCGGCCGGGCGGGACGAUCGAUCGCUACCUAGCUCUGUUUUUACUUCUUUUUUUUUUGAGAGAGAGUGAGGUAGCUCUGUUUUUACUUGGGAUCACGGUGUGGGUGUGCAUGAUGUAAUGAGUGUAUUUCUAGACUUCUACGUGAAUAAAAUAAAGGUACGUGCGACUCGUCGGUCGACGGAUCCUGUUGCAAAA